AUGCAGCUCCUUCAGACGCUUUUCGCGCUCCUUCCUCUUUGUCAUUCGGCAACCGCUCUCCUCGCCUUCCCCGGCGCAGAAGGGUUCGGCGCCAACGCCGUUGGUGGUCGCGGCGGCGAUGUUUACGUCGUUACAAACCUGGAAGACUCGGGAGAGGGAUCGCUGCGCGAUGCCGUCUCGGAAACCGACCGUAUCGUCGUCUUUGCAGUGGGCGGCGUGAUCAACAUUGAAGACCGGAUAGUCGUGUCCAAGCGCGUUACGAUUCUGGGCCAGACGGCGCCCGGGGAUGGUAUCACAGUUUAUGGGAAUGGCUGGUCCUUCUCUAAUGCGGAUGAUGCGAUCGUUAGGUACAUUCGGAUUCGAAUGGGUCGCGGGGGCGACAGCGGCAAGGACGGUAUUACGAUUGCUGAAGGGGAAAAUAUGAUCUUUGACCACGUCUCCGUCUCAUGGGGUCGCGACGAGACCUUCUCUAUCAGCGGAACAGCCGAGAACAUCACAGUGCAAGACAGCAUCAUCGGGCAAGGUCUGGAGACACACUCGUGCGGCGGACUCAUGCAGACAGAUGGCGGCGUCUCCCUGUUCCGAAACCUGUACAUCGACAACAAGACGCGUAACCCUAAGGUCAAGGGUGUCAACGAGUUUACAAACAACCUUGUCUACAACUGGGGUGGCGGCGGCGGCUAUAUUGCUGGUGACUCGAGUGGACAGUCUUACGCAAACAUCAUCGGCAACUACUUCAUCAGCGGUCCGUCAACCUCCGUCACGGCCUUCACGCGCGGCAACGCGAACUUCCACGGCUACGUCGAGAACAACUACUACGACCCCGACCAGGACGGAACUCUUAACGGGAACGAGCUCGGCGUGGCCUCGUCUAAUUACGGCGGUAUGGAGAUCGUUGACACGAAGUACGACUAUCCUGCUGUUGAGUAUGUCAUGACACCGGACGAGGUUGUCACCUAUGUGACUGAAAACGUCGGUGCCUCUCUCGUACGUGACGACGUGGACGCCAACCUCAUCGAACAGGUUCUGUCUUACGGAACAGACGGAGCUUUGAUCUCGGAUGAGGAUGACUUUGGUGGUGUUGGUGAUCUUGACGGUGGCAAGACGCCCACUGAUACCGACGGCGAUGGAAUCCCUGAUGAUGUUGAGACCCAACUCGGGACGGACCCCAGUGUUGCUGAUUCGACGGGAAUUGAUAGCAGCACUGGGUACUCCUGGCUGGAAGUCUGGGCCAACUCGCUGGUGCCGGAAGGCUACGUGGAGACUGCUAAAUGCUAG